AUGGAGUUUCUGCAGAACCACCAUUCGGCCAACAGCUCGGAACCUGCUUAUACCCUUGGUUUAAACGCCUUGUUAGGGUCAGUAGGCAGUAUCGAGGCGAGCAUUCCGAACGGUCUCUGCGGCACAAGUGUCCUGAGUGUCCUCGGAGGAGAGGAGGCACUGUCAGAGGCCCACCAUCAUCAUCAUCAGGGUGAUGAUGCGACGACAGCUGCUGCUGCCGCGGCAGCUGUCGCUCUAGGAAGUCUUCAGGAAUUGCAGUCCAGUCCCGGGGAUGAGAUAAAUCCGGAGACCGGCCAGGGGAUUCAGACCAACGGUCAGACUCAAGUCGUCGGGGAAUUCGGCGCGAGCUUCUGGGUUGAUGACAUGGCGGGAUUUCCGUUACCUCCGCUCGACCUCGAUCCACUACCCCCGGGCUUGUUCAGCCCUUGUUCUGCCACGUACAAUUGGGGAUGCACGAGAUCAGACUGCAUGCCGCGGGCGGGGAAUCCCAAUGGCGAAGGGGUUGCGGACGUCCUGUUAUCCCUGAAACACGCGGUGGUCCAUCCGGCGAGUCCAACCGGGGGUUAUUACACUUCCCCAGUGGGAAAUCAUCAUUAUGGCCAGGAGUAUGGACAGAAUCUGGCACCUCCACCCGUAGCGCCUAGUCAUUACGCCACUGGACCUGCCAUGUCCGUUAAUGUCUCUAUGAACAUGACCAUGAACAUGAAUAUGCAUCCAGGUUAUGAACAAAGCUAUGCAUCGGCGUGGGGCGUGGAGCCAUUAUUGAGUCCCGCCUCUCAAUACAACCCCAUACAGGAGUCACAGUCGAGGGUAAAUCAGACACCGGCCAAUAGCUUCGCUGGUCCACACCCCUCGCAUUCUCAUCCCCACGCGAGACUGCAGUCCACCGUCAACGAGCACGCGCUCUGUGUAUCGGGGAAUAGCUCCGGUUCCAGUAUUAUUCAUGACGAUAAUGGGAGACCGAAUUUGUGUAAAAUUUGUGGAAAAACUUAUGCAAGACCUAGUACGCUUAAGACCCAUCUUAGAACACACUCCGGGGAAAAACCAUUCAGAUGCCACGCUUGUUCGAAAGCCUUCAGCCAAGCAGCGAAUUUGACAGCGCACGCGAGAACCCACUCCGGAGAAAAGCCAUUUCGAUGUCCAGUAUGUGACCGAAGAUUCUCGCAGAGUAGUUCGGUGACGACGCACAUGAGGACACACUCUGGCGAGCGUCCCUACCGAUGUAGAUUCUGCAAGAAAGCAUUCUCAGACAGUUCAACCCUGACGAAGCAUCUGCGCAUUCAUUCCGGGGAGAAACCCUACCAGUGUAAAUUAUGCUUACUACGUUUUAGCCAAAGUGGCAAUUUGAACAGGCAUAUGAGGGUCCACGGUGGCUCUCUGACGUGACACAAUACCACGAAUCAAUCAUUAUCAAUCGAUUGUACAUGCACGACAUUUCCAUACUGUCGAAUACCAGCCUGUAUUCGACUCGGUUCCAACUUACAACGAAAUUAUUGAAUUUUUAGCAUUUUACCGAGAAUUUAUCAUUAAAAUAAUUAAAGUGAGUGUCAACGAAAGUGUUGAGAGAUGUCUCCUCGUGUCGUCGAAAUGUUUUGCUCCCCAAAAACCAAAUGGAAAUCCAGUGAUCUCUUCAAGAUAUUAUCGAGGGAAUCUGAAUCAUUAAGAGUGGCUAGAGAGCCCUGAACAUUCACCACAGCACCGUUGAUUAUUGUACAAAUAUUGUAUUUAUUAUAAUAAUUAUUAUUAAUCAUAAUUAA